AUGAAAGAUCGUCGAUUUCGUUUGAAUGGACUAAAACCAUCAAAUCGACUACCUGCGAAACAUAAUCUUCGAAAAAAGUUUACUCAUAUUAUUAAAUAUAGUCCAGAUGAAUUACCGUCAAAAGCUGAUUUAAGAUCCCAAUUAACCCCGGUUGAAGAUCAAUCACAAAUUGGAAGUUGUUCAGCAAAUUGUCUUGCUGGUGCUUAUGAGUAUCUUAUUAAAAAGCAUACAGGUCAAGAUAAAGAUGUAAGUCGCUUGUUUAUGUAUUAUAAUGGACGUAUGAAAGAAAAAGAUGACUCUGAUAGUCAAAUCACAGAUUCUGGAUGCAGUAUGACAGUGGCUAUUGAAGCAUUGGAAGAAUAUGGUGCUUGUCUAGAAUCCUUAUGGCCAUACGAUAUAGCGAAAGUUAAUGUAAAACCAUUUCCUCAAGCUUAUCAAGAAGCAAAACGAUUUAUUAUUGACGAAGCUUUACAAAUUAAAAUUGAUCUGUACGAAAUGAAAUCAUGCCUUGCGCAAGGCUUUCCAUUUGCGUUUGGUUUAAAAUUGUUUGAAUCAUUUGACAAAGCAACUCACUCGGGUGUUGUGCCAAUGCCAAGUUCGUCGGAAAGAAGUCGUCAAUCACAUGGAAGUCAUGCAUUAUUGGCCGUUGGGUUUAGUGACACAUCACAAUCUUUUAUAGUACGCAAUUCUUGGGGUGAUGGUUGGGGAGAUCAUGGAUAUUGCUAUAUUCCAUAUGAUUAUUUAACUAAUAGCGAACUGUGUUUUGAUACUUGGACAAUUAGAAAAAUAUCGAAUGAUGAUUUUGGUUCUGAUCAUUGGGAUAACGAAGAUUCGGUUGAUUACAGUCAAGCUAAUAAUUGGAACGAUAACAAUUAUGAUGACGAUGAUAAUGGAAGAACGAUUGAACAUUUAGAAGACGAUGAUGACAACAAUAAUCAACCGUAUGGAUAUUCUGACGAUUAUAAUAAUCAGAAGUCAGAUAAUCGUUUUGGUGGUGGUGAUGGUGGAGGGCGUCAACAACGUUACAAACGAAACGACGAUAAUGAUUAUGAUAGGGAUGGAUAUAGUCAAAAUAACUAUUACGAUGAUAAUAGUGGCUAUCAACAACAACAACAGCAACAGAACGAUGAUUAUAAUUACAAUGAUCAAUAUGGAGAUAACCGAAAUUCUGAUGCCAAUAACAGUAAUUGGCAAAGCGAUAAUGAUUUUAGUGAUGGAUUUGGUAAUACCUAUGGGACAGGAUUCGGACCCGAAGAAAGGGAUGUUGAAAAUCUAGCAAAUUUCGUUUGA